GAUCAUAAAGACAAACAGUCUGCAAACUGUUGUCAUAAAUUUAGUGUUCACUAUUUUUGUCAACGCACUUACUUUGAAACCGUAAUACGAUGUAUUCAUACUUGAUAAUAGUGCUUAUUUUUAUCAGCACAGAAAAAAUACAGCAAAAAUAAAACAUUUUACGUUGUAUCCGUGGCUGCUAAUUACGCCGUGGUCUCUAAACCCCACACCGGCGUCUACGGCACAGCGCAAACUACGCAAUGUAAAGAUACCACUCUGUUUGAGGCAGUAUAUCCAACAAUGGGUGGGUUUAAAGAUACAUACCAAGACGUUCAACCAGUAACCCUUCGACUUGCAGAAGAAAACGUCACCUCCAGGCUCUACUGCAACUCAGCUGUGGGCAUUGAAGCUCACGUGUCCACUUUAGUUGAAGCUUUCUUAGUUGAAGUAUACAGAUGUAGAAUAUGCCAAUUCACCAGCAGCCAAAAAGCCAAGAUUAGCCAUCAUGUUAUGGAAAGACAUGAUCCAGUGUCACCAUGUCCACAUCUGCCAGGUCUGGAGAAAGAGGAUGAAGAUAGUUUGGGUGUAGGAAUGAGGGUUAAUGAUGAAGAGGAAGUUGAACACAGCAGUUCUCCAUACGAUCUAGAGAGCGAGCUCCAUUCUGGCUCAAAAAGCAAUGAGGAUCAGAUGGACAUUGAGCGCAUUUCUUUCCUUCUUCCAAUGUAUGGCAUGUUUCAAAACAUCAGCCCACGGUCAUGUGACAUUGGCCUGGGCACCAGCUCUGAUGGCAACUUGCAUGUGGCACAAACCUGUGAGGUGAGCACACUCUUUGAGGAAGAUAGACAUGAUGAUGACAGCGAUGAGGAGCGUGUGUUUCAGCUAGAGGAUUGUAGCACAGAUCUGACUGUCCCUUUGAAUAGUGGAAUGGACACAGAAGUCCAGGAUGAGGAGAUGGCCCAGUCAGCUCAUCUCAUGACUCUCGGUUUGUGCAGAAUCUCCAGCACCAAGUGUCAACCUUCAUCUGCAACUUCUGCAAAGUCCCUUCCAGAAGGUGAGCAGGAUGCUGGAGAAGCCAGUAUGGAUGCUGUAAUGCAGAAACCUUCUGAGGAGGAUGGCGGAUUGGCUUGCAUCCUCUGCCAAACAGUCGCAUCCAGUCGUGUCAUGCUAGAUGUGCACCUGAAAUGCCAUAGUGGAGAGCAAGGCUUCAGAUGCCCUCGCUGCGGUUGGGAAUCAGUGGAGUGGGCUGAUAUGGAGCAGCACUGGAGGGUACAUGGAAAAAGAAAAGGCACAAAGAGACAUAGAUGUAGUGUUUGUCCCAGGUCGUUCAGGAGAGCUGAUUCCCGAGAUGCACAUGAACAAAGGCAUAAUUAUCAGCGGCAUCACAGACGCUCAGAGUCUGGAGAGCCAUUGCAAUGUUCUCUCUGCCUGGAAUGGUGUCACUCAGGGAAGGAAUGGGAGAUACACCAACACUGUCAUGUUCAAGGAGGAUUUAAAUGUUUACACUGCGAUUUCAAUGAGAAGACAUGGAAGAAGACACUGAAACAUAUCCACACUCAACACAAACAGACUGAAGCAAAUAAGGACAAUCAGAUUGCUCACAAUAGAGAUAUACAGCCACUUUCCUCAUCCGCCAAGUACCCAGAAUGCCUCAGAAGGAUGAAGCCAGAGUUGUGGUCUCAGAUUAGGAAGAAGAAGGUGAAAAACAGAGCUGUGGGCAAGGAAAAGAGCAAUGAAGAAGGGAAGGACAGAAUGAGACACCUGAAGGCUGAGACAUCAGUUGGACUUACUGUUUCCAGACGGAAAGAGUUUUGCUGCAACCUCUGUGAUAAGAAGUUUUCUACUAAGUUGACCAUGCGGCGUCACAUGGGAAUUCAUCAAGGAGAUAAGCCAUUUAAGUGUCCACACUGUCAAUACUGCACUCGUCUUAAAGCCUCGCUCAUUCAACACCUACGCAUCCACACAGGUGAGAAACCAUACAAGUGUUUGCAGUGCUCCUAUGCUUCUAUUGACAGAAGCUCUCUGCGCCGACACUCAAGGACGCACACGCAAGAAAAGCCUUAUUGCUGCGAGUACUGUCCUUACAGCAGCAUCCAGAAGAAGUGCUUAGACCUCCAUUCACGGCGUCAUCACACGGGAGAGUCAUUUCCAUGUCACCUGUGCCAGUACUCCACACCAGACCGCCAGCUGCUGGUGCGACACAUGAGGAAACAUCACACUGGUGAACAAAACAGUUCAGGCUGUCAAUCAGCAGCUUCACAAAGAGCACGGACAUCCAAAUGAUCUUA